AAUCCUGUCUGCCAUGUGACCCAGUGUUAUCGGCUUCACCAGCUCGUUAGAUGCGUGCGAGUUUUGCGUCUAAGGACAAGCCUCUGGGUUGCGAUGGAAUGGAUUACCUUAAUUUUGUGUGUAACUAUUUUAAUUAUUUCUAUUAAUCUUCUCUUUGGUAGAAGUCAUCCAAACGCGCCUCCAUGCAUAAAAGGAUGGAUACCUUGGUUUGGUGCUGCCUUUGAAUUUGGAAAAGAACCUUUACAUUUCAUCCAGCAAGCCAGAGCCACGUAUGGACCAGUUUUUACUGUUGUAGUAGCUGGAAAGCGACACACAUUUUUAACCUUAAAUGAAGACUUCAAAGCUUUUUUUACAUCCAAAAAUGUUGAUUUUGAGCAAGCAGUGCAAGAGCCUGUUUACAAAACAGCUUCUAUCAGCAAGGAAAGUUUCUUUGAGUGCCACCCUGCCUGUUUCACCAUAAUCAAGAGCAGACUUACUCCAGGGAACACAGCGAUACUUUCUGGACCUCUCUGUGAAGAAUUCAAUGAACAUUUAGAGAGCCUAGGGAGCGAAGGAUCUGGACAGCUAAAUGAGCUAAUCAAGAGUGUUAUGUAUCCAGCAGUAAUGAGCAAUUUACUGGGCCGAUGUAACUCCCUCAAAAGCGCCUUUACCAAGCAGGAGUUUCUGGAUAAGUUCACAACCUAUGAUGAUGGGUUUGAAUAUGGAUCUCAGCUUCCAGACAUGUUUCUGAAGGAAUGGGCAAACUCAAAGCAGUGGCUUAUUUCUCUGCUGAGAAAUAUGAUUACCAAAGCAGAGGAGACCCUUUCCAUUGAGAAUGGUAAUAAGACUUUACUACAGCAUCUUGCUACCUCGAUAUCAGACAAACAUCUGCCCAAUUAUGGUGUGCUUAUGCUUUGGGCGUCUCUCGCAAAUGCUAUACCAAUAACUUUUUGGGCCGUUGCCUUUAUUUUGUCAAACCCUGGAGUAUAUAAAAUCGCUAUGGAUCAGAUCAGAGAUGCCAUCCAAAACCAAGACAAGGAGAAGACAAAGGUGACACUAGAUGACUUACGGCAGAUGCCAUAUGUGAAGUGGUGUAUCAUGGAAGCCAUUCGGCUGAGGGCCCCUGGAGCCAUUACUCGUAAAGUAGUGCGGCCCCUCAAAAUACAGAAUUACAUCAUCCCACCUGGAGACAUGCUACUUAUGUCUCCUUACUGGGCACACCGUAACCCCAAAUAUUUCCCAGAUCCUGAGGAUUUCAAACCUGAACGAUGGGAAAAGGCAGAUUUAGAAAAGAAUGUCCUCUUGGAAGGAUUUGUGGCAUUCGGAGGGGGGAAAAAUCAGUGCCCAGGAAGCUUUUGAUUGCAAGAACAUGUCCCGCAGGUUAUCUACACCUAAAUAAAUGCAAAAAAAAUUUAUGCAAAAAAGUCGCAAUAUGGACGCAGUGCCAUGUAGAUGCACAACGCUGCCAAGUACGUCUUGCUGAGCCCUAAAUAUGUCAGCCCUUUGGGGCCCUGCUGAUGACAUCAUCAUACGGGCCCUUGGGAGUAUGCAGCCAUGGUCAGUAUGACGUUAAUAGAGCCAUAUAAAGACUAGGAGAACAUUCCCAGCUGCACAGGAAGAUCAAAAGCAAAGGCACAGUCCACUGACCUUUCUGGAGUCUGUACACAGCCCUUUCAGAACAGAUGCAGAUACACACUGCAUUUUUCACUGUGAGAGAUUUACACUGCAGAACGUUUGAACCCACUUCGUAUUAAGACAUGAAGUAAAAUCAUCAUAGUUUUGUUCAUGAUUUGAGGUCCGUAUUAUGGGGUAGGCCUAUUCUGUUUUUUCCAGAAUGGACGGUCCUGUAGGCGGUCCAAUUAUUUGUAGUAAUUGUUUCAACUAGAUGCAUGUGGAUUUUAAGAUAUGUAAAUAUCAUCCCAGUUCAAAUAAUUUAGAAGCAUAGAGGCAUUAGAAAUUAAAACGGUAAACAGUAAUCGGCAUGGCACAGUGCAUGCUGGGAGCUCAAGUGGCCCUACAGCAUAAUUUACAAUUUACAUAGUUAGUUUAAUUACACUUGAUCCAACCAAUUUGAAUUAGUUGAUGAUUUAACAAAUCAAAUUGUUUGAACAAAAUGAUGAAAUCUUUUUCGCCAGUGUAAGAAAGCAAAGUAGCACAGAUAUAGGAGAUGAAUGUUGGGAGCUAUACUUUAUGAGUAUAAAGUCUUAUCCCAUUAUGCAUAAUAGCAUCAUUUUUAUUAGAGCGUGAAUGAGUCUGGAUCACAUUUUCUUUUGAAUAAUUUUAAGUGUCAUCUAAAAAGAAAUCUGUUCCAUAUUCCAUCUGUGCCCACAAUCUGCCCGCAUUCAAAUUUCAUAGUGUCAUAAGGACUGAAGGCUGAUUCUUACUCAGAGGUCACGGUAAUAAUUACGAGCCUUUAGCUAUAGAUGUGUCCAUAAAUUACUACACUAAAUAUGACACAUCACAUGUUUCGUUUCACUCACCCACCGUGAUUUGAUUUUGAUCGUUUUAGGAAAUUGGCUACUUACGUCAUUGACACAAUGCCCCCGAAUGAGUCACGGCCUUCAAGGUUACUUGGGCUGAUUAUUUCAAGAAAUAUGACUAGCUAUUGUCACCCUCUCUUUAUUGUCUCCCUCGGUUACGUUCUGUCAGUCUCGUACACUCGUAUUUCUCAAUCAUCAACUGUGAUGCAUUUGUAUCAGAAAUGGCUGCGAAUGUAUCUGGAGUUUGAACGCAAAACGGGAGCUACAUUCAUUCACAUUUUGCCUUACUGCCUGCUGUUUUGCCAGUAUUCAGUAGCACUCAAGGGAGGGUUGGAAUGACAGCUAACUUAUGUGCAAUAUUCUGUCAGAAUACUAAUACACAUAGUGCUCUAAUACACAAAAGUGGCUGCCACUUUUUUCUGCCACUCUUCAAGCAGGCUUUUAAUGCAAAAGUGCCAAUAAGAAUGAUUUGUUGGGUU